UGGAAGGAUUGGCAGGGGAGGACAGAGCCCCUCGUCCGUCCUCUAGCCUCGGCCGGGGGGCCAUGUCUGGAAGGCUGGACUGAAACCAGGACUGUUACCCCACCCUGCGAGGGGGGGAGGUGAAGAAGGGCCUGGGCUCAGGCUGCCUGCCAGGACCGAUAAGGGGCCUCUUGGGGCUCCCACAAACGGUUUAUCACUGGGGUGGGGGACAGCCUGCAGGGCUCAGGAGGGGUCACGAGCAUGGAGCGGCUUGGGGGUCUACUCCGAAGAGCGCAAAGGUUGUCCCCAGGACCCUCUCAGACCAUCUACAAGCGUGUGGAGGGCACCCAGCAGGGACGCCUGGAGGAAGAAGAGGAAGACGGGGAGGAGGGGGCUGAACCACCGGCCCACUUCUUCCCCAUGGAGCUGAGAGGCCCUGAGCCCCUGGGCUCUCGACCAGCUCGGCAAAACCCUGGACUCUGGGAAGCAGCAGGACGAAGAGCGGCCCCCUACCUGGUCCUGACAGCCCUCCUGAUCUUCACUGGGGCCUUCCUCCUGGGCUACGUGGCCUUCCGGGGGUCGUGCCAGGCAUGCGGAGAUGACGUCAUGGUGGUCAGCGAGGACCUGAAUGAUGAGCUGAGCCCAGACUCUCACCAGGGCACAUUGUACUGGAGUGACCUCCAGGCCAUGUUCCUGCGGUUCCUGGGGGAGGGGCAUCUGGAAGAUACCAUCAGGCAGACCAGUCUUCGGGAAAGGGUAGCCGGGUCUGCCGGAAUGGCAGCCCUGGCUCAGGACAUCAGGGCUGAGCUCUUGCGCCAGAGGCUGGACCACGUGUGGAUGGACACGCACUACGUGGGGCUGCAGUUCCCAGAUCCGGCUCGCCCCAACACCCUGCACUGGGUUGAUGCCUCCGGGAAGCACGGGGAGCAGCUGCCACUGGAGGACCCCGACGUCUACUGCCCCUACAGCGCCACGGGCAACGCCACGGGAAAGCUGGUGUACGCCCACUACGGGCGGCCGGAGGACCUGCAGGACCUGAGGGCUCGGGGUGUGGAGCCGGCGGGGCGCCUCCUGCUGGUGCGCUUGGGAGUGAUCAACUUUGCCCAGAAGGUGGCCAGUGCUCAGGACUUUGGGGCCCAAGGAGUGCUCAUAUAUCCGGACCCGGCAGACUUCUCCCAGGGCCCGCACAAGCUCAGCCUGUCCAGCCACCGGGCUGUGUAUGGACAUGUGCACCUGGGAACGGGGGACCCCUAUACGCCUGGCUUCCCUUCCUUCAAUCAGACCCAGUUCCCUCCAGUCCAAUCCUCAGGUCUCCCAAGCAUCCCAGCCCAGCCCAUCAGUGCGGACAUUGCCUCCCUCCUUCUGAGGAAGCUUGAAGGCCCUGUGGCCCCCCAGGAAUGGCAGGGGCACCUCCCAGUCUCCCCUUAUCGCCUGGGCCCUGGGCCAGGCCUGCACCUGGGGGUCAACAACCACAGGGCCUCCACCCCCAUCAGUAACAUCUUUGGCUGCAUCGAGGGCCGCUCCGAGCCAGAUCAGUAUGUGGUCAUCGGGGCCCAGAGGGAUGCAUGGGGCCCAGGAGCGGCCAAGUCUGCUGUGGGGACCGCCAUACUGCUGGAGCUGGUGCGGACCUUUUCCUCCAUGGUGAGCAAUGGCUUCCAGCCUCGCCGAAGUCUUCUCUUCAUCAGCUGGGAUGGUGGUGACUUCGGGAGUGUGGGCUCCAUGGAGUGGCUGGAGGGCUACCUUAGUGUGCUGCACCUGAAGGCUGUGGUCUAUGUGAGCCUGGACAACGCAGUGCUGGGGGAUGACAAAUUUCAUGCCAAGACCAGCCCCCUUCUCAUCAGCCUCAUUGAGAACAUUCUGAAGCAGGUGGACUCUCCCAACCGCAGUGGGCAGACCCUCUACGAGCAGGUGGUGGUCACCAACCACAGCUGGGAAGCCGAGGUGAUCCGGCCGCUGCCCAUGGACAGCAGCGCCUAUUCCUUCACGGCCUUUGCGGGGGUUCCUGCCGUUGAGUUCUCCUUCAUGGAGGAUGGCCCGGCAUACCCGUUCCUGCACACAAAGGAUGACACCUAUGAGAACCUGCACAAGGUACUGCGGGGCCGCCUGCCCGCUGUGGCCCAGGCCGUGGCCCAGCUCGCAGGGCAGCUCCUCAUCCGGCUCAGCCACGAUCACCUACUGCCCCUCGACUUCGGCCGCUACGGGGACGUGGUCCUCAGGCACAUCGGCAGCCUCAACGAGUUCUCUGGGGACCUCAAGGCCCGCGGGCUGACCCUCCAGUGGGUGUACUCGGCGCGAGGGGACUACAUCCGUGCGGCCGAAAAGCUGCGGAAGGAGAUCUACAGCUCGGAGGAGAGCGACGAGAGGCUGAUGCGCAUGUACAACGUGCGCAUCAUGCGGGUGGAGUUCUACUUCCUGUCCCAGUACGUGUCGCCGGCCGACUCCCCGUUCCGUCACAUCUUCCUGGGUCGCGGAGACCACACGCUCCGCGCGCUUCUGGACCACGUGCGGCUGCUGCGCGCCGGCGGCCCCGGGGCCACCUCCUCCCAGGUGGCAAGGGGCCUGGGCUUCCAGGAGAGCCGCUUCCGGCGCCAACUGGCCCUGCUUACCUGGACGCUGCAGGGGGCAGCCAACGCGCUGAGCGGGGACGUCUGGAACAUCGAUAACAACUUCUGAGGCCCAUGGCGGGGGGCCCAGCGAUGACGCCGGCGCAGACAACCCUGCAUCCCAGACCCAGGGUGGUAGUAGGUGAGCAGUGCCUUCCAUAAUGGGAUGGUCAUACUGUCAGCCAAUCAGAGAGCAGCAUCUGCCCCCUCAAUCACAGCCCCUUCCUCUUCAGUAGCCGCGGUCUCCCUAACAGCUAGAGACCACUAUGGAAGGUUUCCUAAGCCCUGGGACCUGGCCAUCCUUGGGAAAGACUGCUGGGGCCAUAACCUUAUGGACAACAUGUGGCCUGUAGUGGGAGGGGCUGGGGCUUGAACCUUAAUAAACCACCUGUGGCA